AUGGCGACGGGAAUUCCGGAUUAUUCGGAGAGUUUGUUGAUGAAAUGCAGCUUCCGCGAGUUCGCUUGGUGGUGGCUGGGGAUCCCAGGGUUCCGAAGCGCGAAGAACGGAGCCGACGGAGCCCCGAUCCAAGGCGCUCCAGGUGGUUUCACGGUGCGAGGCUGGAAGUUGAACGUCACGGGCACAGGCUUCGCCCCUCCCAAGAGUCAAGGCGCCGAAACCUUCGUAGAGGUCAUGGUCUGUGGCCGACCAUGUGAAGUGGUGCGGCAACCUGGGGUGACUACACCGGAGGUUUUGACUGCCACGGCGGAAGCUGCCAUUGCUGGGAACUUGGGGGUCUUGUGGGUAUUGACAGCUUUGAUCAUUUGGAAAGUGCCCUUCACCAAUGUGGAUUGGGAAGCCUACAUGGCCGAGGUGGAUGCGGUUCUGCGCGGAGAGUUUGACUAUCGCAACAUUUCUGGCCCCACUGGACCCAUUGCAUAUCCUGCCGGCUUUUGUUGGUUCUACGGCGCUUUCAAGCAACUGAAUUUGGACCUGACGACUGUACAGGUCAUAUUUGCUGGCUUUUCACUGGCAAACAUGGUUAUACUGAUGAAGAUCUACCAAUUGGCAAAGACACCAUUGUGGGUUUUCGCCUUGUGCAUUUUGUCAAAGCGAUGUCACUCAAUCUUCGUGCUUCGACUCUUCAAUGACGCCAUCGCGCAAGUUUUCUGCCAUGGGGCUCUGCUGUUGAUGCUUCAAGGUCGUUAUCGAGCAUCAUCCUUGAGCUAUUCCUUGGCAGUGAGUGUCAAGAUGCAGCCGCUGCUGGUGUGUCCAGUGGUGGGCCUUUCUUUGGUGCUACACGGCUGGCGGCGAGCCAUCUCGUGUAUCACCACCAUGUUGGCUCUGCAGAUCUUUCUGGCCUUGCCCUUUCUACAGGCCAAUGCUCCAGCCUAUCUACGAUAUGCCUUUGGAGGUCCAGGUGCCUUGCAGCACGCUUGGUCCGUGAACUGGCAAUUCCUGCCAGAGGAAUAUUUCGCAAGUCCACGAUUUGUUGUGCUGCUCCUUGUGGUACAUUUGGCCUUGCUGCUGUGGUUUGCACAGGUGCGUUGGAUUCCUGGAGGUUUCUUGAGCAGGAGCAUACGCCAAUGGCAGGUUCCCGAAGGAUAUCAGCUGGAUCAACAGCAGCUGGUGGCAAUGUGGUUCACAUGUAAUUUCAUUGGCGUGGCCUGCCUCCGCACCAUGCACUUCCAGUUCCUGAUUUGGUAUUUCCACAGUGUGCCCUUUCUCAGUUGGUUCGCCCUUUCUCAGCAAACGUCGUUGGUUUCGCGCUUCCUUCUGGUGUGCUUGAUCACCCUGAUGGUGGAAGCAUCCUUCAAUCUGACCACUUUCGGAGAGGUGAGUGGACCCGAUGGCCGCAGAUGGACCACCAAGGGCGUGCCCAGCAAAUACGGAAGUCUUUUGCUGCAGGCGGCGCACCUGCUGCUUAUGGCCCUUCUGAUUCCGCAGGGGGGCGCAGCGCGGGUGGGUAAGACUUUGAGCAAGGGGGUUUCCACUUUCAGCAGUGAACCUUCAAGUACUGGUAGAGAACUAGAGAACAGCUGUUUGACCUUCCACAGAGGUAGCUGUGUGGGUGAUGAGAUCGUCGUCCUACCUGCGGCUCGUGUGCUGACCCGCAAUGCGGGCACUGUGAGCGAUGCGCCGUUGUGCUUCCACGGUGUGGGCGAGAACCACUACGAGGUCAAACUGAAUUUCGAUGCCGCGUUUGUGGUUCAAAAAAGGAUAAAGAUUGAUGUGAGAUUAGUGUUGGAUGCAGCUGAGAAACCUAUCAAUUUCUGGCUGGAGUUGGGAUCCUUCGAGGGUCACUCGGCCAUUUUUGCAAGUCGAGGACUCCUGAAGUAUGGCCUUCAUGCUUCGGUGGUCUCAGUCGAUACCUUCUUGGGUGACACUUUUACUCUAUGGCACGGCAGGCUUAAGACUCAGAACCGUUCUGAGGGCCGGCGAAGGAGCUGGCUGAACGAUCUGAGACCAGAUGGCAGCAUCACCAUUUUUGAUCGCUUCAAGAGUCAUGUUCGACACAAUGGAAUGCAAUCAUGUAUCCUGCCAAUCCCAACCACGACCAUUGUAGGCUUGAAAUUGGUCGAGUCCUUGGCUAAAGAGCAGUUGAUCCUGCUGGUGGCCACCCUGACAGUUGCCGAUGGCUUCACGCUUUCGGGUGGAAACUUCGAUGCCUCUGCCAGUACUGGAGCUUUUCAAACAGGCAGCGGCGCCAUUUCCCUGAAUGGCCCGACUCUGAGCACUUUACAUCGUAUGGUACACAGGAGAGACAGGCGUGUUUUAGAAACAUAG